CUUCCUGCACAAGGCUGGAGACCUGAACCCGCAGCGACACAUGGACCCUGCUGGGGCCACGGCCGAGUUCUGCAUCCCCAGCGUGGGCCGGCAGCACGGAGGGAGCUACAGCUGCAGCUACCGGCUCCGGUCAGAGCCCUUCAUCUCCUCGCAGCCCAGCGACCCCGUGCAGCUGGUGGUAGCAGAACCCCCCCCGGAUUUCACCAACACCAACAUCACCCGCCUGGCACUGAGCGCCGCGGUCCUGCUCGUCCUGGGGCUGAUCCUGGCCGAGGCCUAUUACAGCCGCCUGAGGGCGGCCCUAGGAUUCAACCCCCGGCCCCCGAGCACCAGCCCCUGCGGCACCAGCUAG